UUUUCUGCGGGCUGGGCUGCAUCCUGCAACUAUUAACGGCGGCACAACGCCGUCCCUCGUAAACAACGGAAAACCUCCCCGCGCGGCUUCCAACACCCCCACUACGAAGUUUUUGAACUCUACGCGUGCGCAGUCUACGUGCCGCACGUCUGUGUGUGUGACUGUGUGUCUGCCAACGCCAUCGUCGUCGAGGUUCUCUAUAGUCCGCUGUCUGGAUAGAGUAUGACAAAAAUGGCCGACGGCGUGGACAUCGAUCUGUACGCCGACGAUUUGGAACAAGACUUCGCCCAGGAGGAUUUUGCUGGAAAUGAUAAUGUAGAUUUGUAUGAUGAUGUCAUAUCUGGGACAAAUGAUAGUGCUCAGACAAGACAACCAGUUGAUGGACCUCCCAAUGCUAAUCAAAAUAGCACACCAUUAGUCACAAAUGGUUCGUCUACUAACAGCUCCUCUAAUAAUAAUUCUACUACAGGACGUCGGUACCAAUUAUAUAUUGGUAAUUUAACAUGGUGGACAACUGAUCAAGAUAUAACAGACAGUGUUACAAGCAUAGGUGUUUCUGAUUUUAUUGAGGUCAAAUUUUUUGAAAAUCGAGGAAAUGGCCAAUCUAAGGGUUUUUGUGUUGUUACAUUGGGCUCAGAGCAUAGUUUACGAAUGGUUAUGGAUAGACUACCAAAAAAAGAGUUACAUGGACAAUCACCUGUUGUCACUUUUCCAACUAAACAAGCCCUCUUACAGUUUGAAUCACAAUCAAAAACUCGACCACUGCCUCCACCUAACAAUCAGAACAUGCCUUCUAUGGGUGGAAUGUCUAGAACACCUGGUCAAGUUAUGCAGCAACCUAUGCGUGGUGGUCCUAUGAUGUCACAACAACCUAUGAUGCAACAGCAAGGAAUGAGAAACAGAAUGCCAAUGCAAGGUAUGCAACAACCCCCUCAAGGCAUGCAGCCACCAAUGGGAAUGACUAAUGGACAUAGAAUGCCAUUGCAAUCAGGAGGCCCUAUGGGUCCCCAUCAACAAGGUCCACCUCCUCCUGGUUACCAAAACCAAUGGAAUGGACUUAAUCAACAAAUGGGUCCUCCAAGACCAGGAAUGCAACCUCAAGGACCAGUGGGUCAGCCUAGAGGACCACCUCCAGGAAUGUUUCCGCCAGGCCAAGGUCCACCACGAAUGGGCCCACCACAAGGUCCUCAGGGUCCACCAGGACCUGGAGGUCCACGUGGUGAUUGGAAUCGUCCUCCUGGAAUGGCACCACAUCAAAUGGCUCCCCCAGGUUCUGGUUUUCCUCCGCAUCAACAAGGUCCGCCAAUGCAAGGACCUCCGCCUGGUCAAGGGCCAGUUCAAAUGAUGCCAGGUGGUCCUGGUCAAGCACCAGCUCCACAUGUAAAUCCGGCAUUCUUCCAACAGCCCAGUGGUGCUCCUCAGGGACCUCCAGGUCAUCCAGGAUAUGGUCCCCCUAAUGGACCUUCUUCUCGACCAUACAUGAAUAAUGAUAUGGGAAUGUCUGAACAAGAAUUGGAAGAAAUUAUGAGUAGAAAUAGAACUGUUUCUAGUUCUGCUAUCGCUCGAGCUGUAGCUGAUGCUGCUGCUGGUGAAUUCUCAAAUGCUAUUGAAACUUUGGUUACAGCAAUAUCAUUGAUAAAACAAUCUAAGGUUGCUAGUGAUGAACGCUGCAAAAUAUUAGUGAGUUCUUUGCACGAUACAUUACAUGGAAUUGAAAGCAAGAGUUACAGUUCAAGAAGAGAGAGGUCUAGAUCACCUCGUGACAGAUUGCAUAGAAGAUCAAGGCGUGAGCGUACUAGAUCCCGUGAACGUGACUAUAGAGACAGAAGUCGUGAACGAGAUCGUGAUAGGGAAAGAGAUCGUGACAAAUGUGUUAACAGGUACGUUGACCGUUAUUAUACAUCAGAACGAGACAGUGACAGAGAUAGGGAUAGAGAAAGGGAUCGCGAAUACAGAGAGAGAAGUCGGGAAGACAGGUAUUAUGAUGAUCGUUAUCGAGAACGUGAACGCGAUAGAGAUAGAGAACGUGAUCGAGAACGUGAACGCGAACGAGAACCAACCUCUAGUAGGAGAGCAGUAGAUGCGGACAGAGAUAUUGAACGUGAUCGAGACCGUAGAGAAGACCGAGCUGAAUCUUCACAUCGUAGUUCUAGACAUUAAUACAUCUAUGGCGCCGCUGAUCCAUCCAUUUAUAUUAUAUAAAUACAAGUUUGCGCAAGACUGUAUCUUUGAAAUUUAUGUAUCCAUUUUGUAGAUUGUACAAAUAUCAUGGACAUAUUUAAUAAUGUA